AUGGCGGUCUGGAAUAAGGUCAGGUCCCUAUUCCGGAGUCCUCCCAAUCAUCCCCAAAAGAACAGCUCACCGGGCUUCGAGCCUCACCACCAAACGCAUAAAGAGAGCCAUAUGAAUCAGCAAUCUCGCAAUACAGACAGCGACGAUGGCGAGGAUCUAUGCCGCAACCUGAGCGAAGUCGCCGCGCCGGAACCCGUGCAAAGACUCUCGCCGCAGGAGCAGGCGCGCCGACCGUCUCUGGAGAAACGACUGUCGGAUAUGUCGAGAUCAGGCCAUGAGAGGGACGAUGAGAUAUAUGAGAAUUUGAGCGAGCUUGCGGCGCCGGAGCCGGUUGAGAGGUUGUCGGAGAGCGAGCUGGCGAGGCGGCCAUCGCUUGAGCAGAGUUUUUCGCAGUCUCGUUAG